UGGCAUGCUCCAUAGGACUUCAAGUUACCCUUGUAAUCUCCGCUGCAAUUUCAAAACCCUCAUAUAUAAAUUCAAAAUCAUUACCACUGAUCACUGAAUGCAUGCUUGUUUCCCACCAAUCUCUCAUUUGGUUCAACUCCCCUCGAUUUCUCAGACAUUUCAAUCUUAACUCAACAAUGGCUUCAUCUUCCCUUGUCCUUCCUUCGGUUUCGCUGAAGCAUAAAGUGUCAAUUGAUGCUCUUGAUUCGUAUCCGUUGAGGAGCUCGUCUUCUCUUUGUUUUGGGGGCUCUAAGCAUGGGUUUCGUCGUCUUAAUUUGGAUAAAUCUAGGGUUUCUAUGAGCGUAUCUGUUGGAUCUACCACUGCAGUUGAUGAUGCACUGUUCGCCGAUUACAAGCCUACCACCGCCUUCCUCUUCCCUGGUCAGGGCGCACAAGCUGUUGGAAUGGGACAAGAGGCUCAAAAGGUGCCAGCUGCUGCAGAGUUGUACAACAAGGCAAAUGAAAUUCUAGGGUUUGACAUUUUGGACGUUUGCAUCAACGGCCCAAAAGAAAAGUUGGAUUCCACCGUAUUAAGUCAGGCAACUAUUUAUGUUACUAGUUUAGCUGCAAUUGAGAUACUACGUGCACGUGAUGGAGGUCAACAAAUAAUUGACUCAGUGGAUGUUACAUGUGGGCUAAGUUUGGGGGAAUACACUGCUCUUGCAUUUGCUGGAGCAUUUAGCUUUGAAGAUGGUCUCAAGCUGGUCAAACUAAGAGGUCAAGCAAUGCAGGAAGCUGCGGAUGCUUCUAGAGGUGCUAUGGCCAGUAUCAUUGGACUAGAUUCAGAUAAGGUGCAACAACUUUGUGAUGCAGCUAAUGAAGAAGUUGAGGAAGCUGAGAAAGUUCAAAUUGCAAAUUAUUUAUGCACUGGAAACUAUGCAGUUUCUGGAGGCGUGAAGGGAAUUGAAGCGGUGGAAGCAAAAGCAAAAUCAUUCAAGGCUCGAAUGACGGUACGGCUUGCUGUUGCGGGGGCAUUCCACACCAGUUUCAUGAGUCCGGCAUUGUCGAAACUGGAAUCGGCAUUGGCAGCAACCCAAAUCAGAACUCCAAGAAUUCCAGUCAUAUCCAAUGUUGAUGCACAACCACAUUCCGACCCUGAUACCAUUAAGAAAAUCUUGGCUCGCCAGGUUACAUCGCCUGUUCAAUGGGAGACGACAGUGAAGACUCUCCUAUCAAGGGGAUUGGGAAAGAGUUAUGAACUUGGACCUGGAAAGGUUAUUGCUGGGAUUGUGAAGAGAAUGGAUAAAACAUCGCCCAUUGAGAACAUUAUGGCGUGAUGGAAUAUGAGCUUGAUUUGUUGCUUUAUAAUAAUCUUUGGGGUAAAGGGCAUAACGGGGAUUUUGAGAUUUUAUAGAGAAGAUUAAUGUGAUGUAGUUGAGUUUUUGUGUAUGGUUAUAAGAUUCGUUAGUAAUUGUACCUGAAUCAUGAUUAUAUGCUCUCUGAGUGAUAUAUUUAUAAUGAGUAUAACACAGCAACAUGUGAU